AUGGCAGCAAAUGGCGACUAUCAAAAGAUGGAAGAUGUGGCUUCCGGACCGCUGGAACCGCCAUUUGCGCUAUCGAGGCUGAAUGAUGACAAAGAUGGGCUACUUAAGGGCUUGACAGAUGCCCGAGUCGCUGAAUUGGUUGAGCAGUACGGGCUGAAUCAAGUGCCCGAAGACAAAGAGCCGCUAUGGAAGAUGUUUCUCAAACAGUUCACCGGCCCAAUGCAAAUCAUGAUUGAGUGUGCCGCAUUGCUUUGUUUCCUGAUCCACAACUGGCCUGAUUUUACCAUCAUCAUGAUCCUUUUGGUGACCAAUGGCGUGCUCGGGUUCAUCGAAGAGAAAAACGCUCAAGCUUCUGUCGAUGCCUUGAAGGCUGGACUAGAGAAGAAGAUGCCCGUGAAGAGAAACGGCACGUUUGAGAGCAUCCCGGUCGUUCAAGUGGUUCCCGGAGAUGUGCUUUUCAUGCGGGGCGGUGACAUCGUGCCAGCGGAUUGCUACUGGCUAGAAGGUGACCCUUGCCAGGUCGACGAGGCAGCCCUCACUGGCGAGUCCCUGCCAGUGAAAGUCCCCCGCAAGGAUGAUGAGGGGAAGCCUUUUUCUGGCCGGCAGAUGUGGUCGGGAUCCAUUUUGAAGGUCGGUGAGUGCCAGGCAGUGGUCAGUCACACCGGUGUCAAUACUAUGAUCGGGGAAGCUGCGAAGGCAAUCCAAGAAGCUGGAGGCAAAGACAUUGGCGUCUUUGAAGGGAAAAUCAUUGAAGCCGCACAAGUGCUCAUUCUUAUCACAGUCCUUGUUGUGGCAUUCCUCUUCAAUUUCAUGUACUUUGCACAAGGUGUUCCCCUCGUGGAGGUGCUUGAGAUGUCUCUUUCUCUGGUAAUUGCAUCGGUGCCUGUUGCCCUUCCUAUGGUCAUGAAAGUCACUUUAUCUAUCGGCGCGAAGGAGCUCGCAGAUGAGGGUGGCAUCGUGACGCACUUGACCGCAUUGGAAGAGAUCGCUUCGAUGAAAUGCCUUUGCUCAGACAAGACUGGGACACUCACCACUGCGCAGAUGACUGUGUACUAUGAUGAAACUGCCAGGUCAUACAGCGGGUUCUCGACGGAGCAGGUGCUGGAGUUUGCAUCUUUGGCAUCGAAUGAAGCCAACAAAGACGAUCCUAUCGAUGCAGCUGUUCUCCGGGCGUACUCAAAGAUGAAAGGUGCUGCCACCGUGGAGGCAGCAAUCGACAAGCGAAAACUCGAGUUUGCUUUGGACAAAGAUGGUUUCAUGGGCUUCAAUCCUAUCGUGAAGCGGACAUGCGCUGCCGUCACAGCGUCAGAUGGCACGAAAUGGUUCUGUGCGAAGGGCAUGGUCGACGUGAUCUUGAAGACAAAUCCGGAUGACGAAGGCAAGCAGUGGACUGUUGCUGACUACGACUCCAUGUCCAAGGAAGCUUCCAAGGCAGACGCUGACCUUGGGGUCUCUGGCUUCAAGACCCUAGGUGUUGCAGUCGCAAAGAACGGUGGCCCAAUGCAAUUUGCUGGUAUUUUGCCCAUCAUGGAUCCGCCCAGGCAUGACACCAAAGAGACUAUUCGCAAGAUCAAAGAGGCACAGGUUGCCGUGAAAAUGAUCACGGGGGAUCAUCACAAUAUCGGCAAAGAGUUAGCCAGACAGAUUGACCUCGGGACGGACAUCAGAACUCCGGACUGCUUGCACCCCGCCAGCGAAGCCCGUGAUUUCAUUGUGCUUCAGGCUGAUGGCUUUGCAAAGGUCAAGCCUCUGGACAAGCAUGAGGUUGUGUCCGUACUACAGGACAAGGGGUUGGUGGUUGGCAUGACGGGCGAUGGCGUCAACGACGCUCCGGCAUUGGCGAAGGCACAAAUUGGCAUCGCGGUACACGGAGCCACUGACGCCGCGAAGUCUGCUGGUGAUAUAGUCUUGACACGAGACGGUCUCUCGCCAAUCUACACAGCCAUUCAGAUCUCGAGACGGAUCUUCAAACGGUUGAAAUCAUACGUAAUUUAUCGCAUCUGCAUUACAGUGCAAGUCGUGUUCUUCUUGGCCGCGCUGGCCAUUUUCUUUGACCUCCGUUUCAAGGCUCUUUACAUUAUCUUGCUCGCGCUCUUCCAUGACCUGCAGAUUGUGACGAUUGCUUACGACCACCAGAUCGCCGGACAUAAACCCGAGACACCCACUGUGCUGGGACUACUGCUGCAAAGUUACUCCAUGGGCAUUCUGAUGUUUGCUCAAACGAUGCUGCUGGUCUCUUGUGGCCACUACUUCCUCUCGGAUAGAUUUGCAGACGGUUACUUCGCAAGUGUGGACGCUACAGCGGCGGGUACCGAAAUGGACAAGUACAUGGAGACCACCAUUUUCCUACAGAUCUCCAACUCAUCGGCAAUUCUGAUCUUCUCGGCACGCACAGUUGGAUUCUUCUUUACAAGCAUGCCGGCAUGGCAAUUGGCGUUGUCGACUGCGCUGGGGCAGGUCCUGAUCAACGUGUGGUGCCUGUGGGCUCCUUCCGGCCUGGUAGACAAGCUGGAGCCCAUGGACGUUUUAGGCAUCUGGCUGUACGACAUUGCUUGGCUUCUCCUACUGGAUCUCGUGAAGAUAGUUGCUGGUCGGCUCUGGGAUAAGUACAAGCCUGCAGCUAUUGAUCGAAACCCUGCCUUGACGGCCCGUGACCGCAACAGUCGGCGCUUGUCCAACAACCUGCGCCCCUCAUACAUGCUGGCGCAAGUGGGAGAUCAGAAGUCUGGGGUCGACGCACAACUGAGUCAGGUCCCCCUUCAGCAAAGGAACUCGCUUCGUUUAUCCAGGACCUACAAGAAGUAG